GAGGAGGGGAGGGGUGAGAGAAUAAAAAAAGCAUCGUCAUACAACAUUCAUUCAUUCACAUUAAAUAUUCAGCAGUCUUAACCAAGUCACGUGGCGAGAAUAGGGGAUAUAUUAAGCAUACUAGUAAAGGGAUGUUGUAUGCAAAGUUGCUAUAAACUAUUUCAAACUUAGUUAUACGAUCAUAUUAGUUCAGUUAUAUCUUACGAUUAGUUUUGUGUCUGCAGGACAGUGACGUGCCCUGUUCCGUCCUUCAAUCGAGCUAAUGGUCACGUCACGUAGGUUUGGGCGGACCCAGAGUUCCGUGUGGUCCACGACGACCCGUGUAGAGGAGGAAAAAGGUACCGCCUAAAAACAGACGCUUUUAUUGGACACACAGUGUGUUGCUAGGCGCUGCAGGAUGUCCGUAACCGCGCAUCAGCACUGUAAGAGAAGCUAACUAUGAAUGCUAUAACAUAACGAGGGAGGAAUCUUUAGGGAGGUGUCGGUGCCGUAUUAUCCGAGAUGAGGAGAGCAUUGCCGCAGUGAGCAAAUAAUCUCAUCAACGGGCUAUGGAUUUCAUGUCCCUUACAGACGCUGACAUUUAUUAAGAAGCAAGGGUACUCUGGUUUGAAGCGGCUAUGUGGUUGCUUGGUGAAAGUAGAUGUCUGAGAGAUCAUUCAUUAAAAUCUUUUUUCAAGGGACAGCUACGCACUUUAUAGUUUUGUGGCGGAUUAAACAACGUGACAACCUCUGUCAGCUGCCCAGCAUGGUGCAUUCAUUCAAGGAUGUCCACACAAACGGCUGAAAGUCACAGAUGAGUGUCCAGCGAUUCACUGGUCAUGGAAAACCUGACUGGAUCCAACUCUGAGCCACAGCCUGUGGGCUUCACAGUUUCUUCUGUCCCCUCAAAAAAGACUGGAAUUUAUGAAAAUGGUCACGAACAUCCCUCUCAUACGGACCCUUCAGCUGCAGCACACAGAGGGGCCAGCGAUCCAACUACAUACCCCCUAUUAGAUUACCGAGGUCUGGUCCGGCAGCGAUUUAUACGCAGAAGUUUGUGGUUCUCUGAGUCAGAGGAUCAAGAACUGGAGGUUUCAGAGUGCGACACCACCAGCAGUCCUGUUAAAAGUGCACAUAUUGUGGUCCAGAGGAGUUUUAAUGUGGAGAGUCAGGUGGGACAGGGAGAUGGUGUAAAUGAGAACCUCAGCAAAGAGCCAGAGACAAGUGAGGCUGAGGAAAAACAUGAUGCUGAACCAUCUGAAACUUCCAAAAGCGUGGAGAAAGCUGGGAGUGACGAGAAUGAGGAAGAGGCUGAAAUGAAGGCAGUGUCCACCUCUCCUAGUGGACGCUUUCUUAAGUUUGAUAUUGAGCUUGGCAGAGGGUCCUUCAAAACAGUCUAUAAGGGCCUGGACACUGAGACAUGGGUGGAGGUGGCCUGGUGUGAACUUCAGGAUCGUAAGCUGUCCAAAGUGGAACGUCAGAGGUUUAAAGAGGAGGCAGAGAUGCUAAAAGGUCUUCAGCAUCCAAACAUUGUGCGCUUCUAUGACUUUUGGGAAUCUCCUCUUAAGGGGAAGAAGUGCAUUGUUUUAGUCACCGAACUGAUGACAUCUGGAACACUGAAAACGUAUCUGAAGCGAUUCAAGGUGAUGAAACCAAAAGUCUUACGAAGCUGGUGCAGACAGAUCCUAAAAGGUCUUCACUUCCUCCAUACAAGGACCCCUCCCAUUAUCCAUCGGGAUCUGAAGUGUGACAAUAUCUUCAUCACUGGUCCUACAGGCUCAGUCAAGAUUGGAGAUCUUGGCCUGGCCACACUAAAGAGAGCUUCCUUUGCCAAAAGUGUAAUAGGCACUCCAGAGUUUAUGGCCCCUGAGAUGUACGAGGAGCACUAUGAUGAAGCCGUAGAUGUGUAUGCAUUUGGGAUGUGUAUGCUAGAAAUGGCCACAUCUGAGUAUCCAUACUCAGAGUGCCAAAAUGCUGCACAAAUCUAUCGCAAAGUCACUAGCGGUGUGAAGCCAGCCAGUUUCAGUAAGGUGGCCAUGCCUGAAAUAAAAGAAAUCAUUGGAGAGUGUAUCUGCCAUCGCUGGGAGGAAAGGUACUCCAUAAAGGACUUACUAAACCAUGCAUUCUUUGCGGAGGACACAGGUGUGAGAGUAGAGCUGGCUGAAGAGGAUGACGGCAAGAAGUCUUCCAUUGCUCUCAGGCUUUGGGUUGAAGACCAGAAAAAACUUAAGGGAAAGUAUAAAGACAGUGGUGCUAUCGAGUUCACAUUUGACCUGGAGACAGAAGUCCCGGAAACAGUUGCCCAGGAAAUGGUGGAAUCUGGCUUCUUUUUAGAGAUUGAUGUGAAGAUUGUGGGAAAGUCUAUCCGCGACCGCGUGUCUCUAAUAAAGUGGAGACGGCAGCGGAUUGUCUCAGGCCGUAAUGGAAAAACAGAAGAGAGCAGCACCAAGACUGAGACACAGAAUCUCCUUCAGGUGCCCUCCACAGGGCCACCAUUGGGUGGAACACCCAGUCUUCCAUCUGAAACAGAGGAACUACAGACUGAAGCAGUCAGCUUGGUCUGCAGUGCCCCGACUAGUGCGACUACAGCUACACCAGACAGCAGUGCAGGCUCAACAAUGAUAACAGGUGCUUCAGGCAACCAAGACAGCACCUCUCAGCAGUCCCUUUCGGAGUCCAUUUCCACUGCCCAAAGGAUCUUAAGCCCUCCAGCGCAGCUUCUGGCUCAGUUGCCACAGGGUACCCAACAGCCAUCUACUGCACACCCGCCUCUGGGGACUCAACAACAACCUGCUCUACAAAUGCAUCAAGGUGUCCCACAACAAACCGUAGGCCAGUUACUCCAUGGGGCCCAGCAACAACCUAGUCCUCAGCAACCCCAGGGAGCCCAACAACAGCCAGGUGGUCCCCUGCACCAGGUUACACAAGCACAGGCGCAUGGUUUGGUGCCUCAAGCACCCCAGCAACAACCCACCAUUCAGCUGCACCAGCAAUAUCAGCAAUCAGCUCAUCAGAUACAUCAAGGGGCUUUUCAGCAGUCUUCGGUACACCUGCAUCAGAGCUCUUACCAGCCAUCACCUCGACAUGGCAGUAUUCCUGAUGACUUCCAAAGACCUUUGCCAUUCUCUGAUAACUUGGCGGGGACCAGGCGUAGCAGCACUUCAUUCCUUGACACAUUACAGAGGAGAACUGAACUACACGAUUUGUUAGAGCAACUGCGUCAUCAGACUUAUAGCUGUCCCAAACCUGAAGCAAGUUCUAGGGAUGAAAUGAAUCAGUCGCUGUCUACAAGUGACUUUACAAGGUCAUUCACAAAUGAUGAUCAGGCACCAAAUAUUGUUUCUAAAGACAUUGGAGCCUCUAAAUAUAGUUCACAGCAGGUAAAAAUUAAUUCACAGUCCCAGACAAUGUCAUUCAGUCGGAGGAACUCUGAUGCCCACCCACAAUACUGCCAGGCUUGUAUGGCAAUGUUGCUGGCUGUAAGAUCAGGGGGUCGAGGAUCUCUCGGGCAUGCCUCUUCACAAUCUUCCUCCCAUAUCCACCAAAAUAUGCCACCUUUUUCCACAUUAAAACCAUCAUUCUCACCUGAUCUGGCUAAUCCAGACUCUAGCUCACCAAUUUACAUGACCCCACAGUCUCCAUAUAUAUCUACACUGCCUGCAAAGCAAGUUUCUGUUCAUGAGAACAUAUCAAGUUCAAUACCAGUUCAAGUCACCCCACCCUCUCCAGUCCAUAAAAGCCAUUCUCCUGCACAGAUUCCUGUGACAACUCUGCCUAACUUGUCACCACUAAAGCAUACCAUUGCUGUUUCCCCUGUUUAUAUAUCUAUACCCUCACCAGUUUACACAUCUCCCAGACAUAUGUCCAUAACUUCACCAGUUAAUUCAACUUCCCCACUCAAGUCAUCAUCUCCAGUUUCCCCCAUCUCCUUGAUUGGGCCACAUUCCCAUAGUUUGGGAGACAGCUCAGAUUUGUCUCACCUCGAUCGCUGUCUACAUCAUAUCAUCAAUCGGCGUACCAGUUCCCCUGUCUUGACUGACAAGGCACAGCCUGGAGAUGGCCACAGUGAUGCUUGUGUUAACAGGUUCCAUGUACCUCAAUUUCAAAGCGUAAGCUCUUUGUGUGUACCCCUAUCACAUCUGGAGCAAGGGUCUUUUUCUGUGCAGGACAGUGAAGUUGGACCAGGUCUUGUGCCUUCCGCACAAUUGGUUCCAUCUAAGACCGUCUCUGCUCCAGCUACUCCAGUACCACAUGCUCGUCCACAAAGCAUUCAUGCCUCUGCCCUCGUAGCACAGCAAAACCAAAAGACUGUACCACUAGCACAGGAGUUUCGUCUUUAUUUCCAUCCUGAAGCUUUCCAGCCUCAGACUUUAUCAUCUCUUCAGCCCAUAGUGCAGGCAUCUUCAGAUGCUCAGUAUAUUCCACAGCAUCUAUUACAGUCAGCAUCUUCAAUGAUCAGCACCGCUGCUCUUCCUCCACAACCACAGCUAAAUGUUCAGACACCCCUUCUCCAGCCUCUACAAAUCGCCACACAGUUUCCUUCGGCAUAUCCUCUUUUGCCAGAAGGGGGCACAUCUGCAGGGACAGAGCCAAUACCUUUCUCCUCAGUCUCUUACUCUUCUUCCUACCCCACAAAUGCUCAUCCCGUAUCCUCUCCCUACUACUCACCAAGCCCUAUCAAUGCUCCUCCCACACUAUCCAUGCAGAAUGUACCCUGCAUACUAGGAGCAGGCACUCCUGUCUCCACCCCUCUGAAUGUUCCUACACCUAUACCUCUCCUGGCUAUGGCCCUGUCCCCACCCAUGCUUCCUCCCGAGCAACAUCUGCAGCAGAUGUAUUCCCCAGUUCCACCACCAGAAGGUGCCAUUUUGCAAGCUCAACCCCAGCCAACACAACCCUCGCUUAACCUCCCUAAUCCUGCCUCCCUCCCUCAGCAAGACCCAUCUAUUUCUGAACCUUUUACAGAGGAGUACCCUCGCCAUGAGGAAUUGCAGAUCCUGGCCCCAUCUCACACCAUUCUGUCGCAGAUCCAGUCUCCUCCACAGGACAGGCAGUCAGACACAAAGUUUACCACUGUCCAAGCCCUACCUGAGACCAUGCAGCCUCCUCUGCAGCCUGCUGGCAUACAGACAGGAUAUGCUGUUCCUGAGAGUACUGGCUUGCUCAGUACAACUCAGCAAAUAGCAGACACUGCUUCAAUGCCCAUUCCUUCUGCGCUAGAGCCCAGCCCAUUUCAACCUAACACUGAGGCACCUGUUUCUAUUCCACUCCAUAGUUUUGUAUGUGACAACCUAAACCAAGAUGCAUCUGGUAAAGAAAUAAGUGACAGCUAUGAAGGACCCACUAGUGGAGGAAAGGGUGAUGGCAAACCCAGAAAACACCACCGCAAAUCUGCUCGAACACGCUCACGCCAGGAAAAAAUUAACAAGCCAAAGCUAAGCAUGCUAAAUGUUAGUGAUACAGGUGACAAGAUGGUGGAAUGCCAGCUGGAGACACACAAUCAUAAAAUGGUGACUUUCAAAUUUGACCUAGACGGAGAUGCACCUGAAGAAAUAGCCACUUAUAUGGUGGAAAAUGGCUUUAUUCUACCAAUAGAAAAGGAGAUUUUUAUAGAUCAACUUAAAGACAUUGUCGACAAGGCAGAAGACAUUCUAAGCGAGGACAUGGAUGGAGAGAAGACAUCAGAUCUUGGGAAAAAUCAUUUGCAAGGACAAUCUCCUGGAGAUGAAGGGAGAGAGGGAAUAAAAGGACAGCAACCUGGGGCUCCCCAGCCGGUUUAUCAGCAAAAUGUUCUGCACACGGGUAAGAGGUGGUUCAUCAUCUGUCCUGUGGAAGAGGCUCCUGCUGCCAGUCAGGACGCAUCCUCAGAUGGAGGUCCAUCUACACAAUCUCCAUCCACAACAACAAUAACUGAUGGGACAACCACUGCUCAGCCUGGUGAGAGUGCUUCAGCCCAUCCUCCUGAACCCAGCACAGGAUCUGCUUCUGCAUCCAUGGAUUCAGAAGCCUGUGGCACAGCGCCUCCAUCAGGAGGAAGUGAUCCCUAUGGGGUUUGGAGCCCCCUCUCUUUGACCACUACUGAUCCUCUUUCUCUGGCUGCUCUUUCCCAAGCUCCCCCUGCCCCACAAGCCGCUGCAAUGCCAGCUCAGUCUGCUUCCCAUUCAGAGGAAGGGCCAAAUUUAGGCUCCACCCAGGUCAAUGUGCAGCAAUCUCAGCCAUACAUGGAUCCUCAAAGUUCUCUUUUUGUGGAUGAGACACAGAGUGGCAGAUUAGGCUCGGUCUCCCCCAUGCACACUGCUCAGCAGAUGGCUGAAAUUGCAUGUGCUGUCUCCAUCGUGGAGGAUGUGCCCUGCUGUCCCUUGGUCAUGCCACUGUCCCUAGAAGUGAGCAGUGGGGCUCAGAGGUCAUCCUCUGUGAUGCCACCUCCAUCACAAGACACUACUUCUGCUCGCGAACAACUUCACUCCAUUACAUCUAGUCGAGUGGAACGUGCCCAACAGCCUGUGGUGUUGCAGCAGCCUGUGUCCACUGUGAGUGGAACUAAGGCACCUUCCCUGCCCCAAAGCCCCGCCCCUUCACAGCACCACUUUGUUCCUAGUGAAUCAGACGGAGAGGGGCGUAGCAGAGGAGGGUUUGUAGACAGCACUAUCAAGACACUGGAUGAGAAACUGAGGAAUUUACUGUAUCAAGAGUAUGCUCCCAUGUACCCAUCGGGAAGUGCUGCUGAAACACCAGGAUCUGGCACAGAGUAUAUCCAGUCCCCACCAGGACCAGAGUGUGCAUUAGGAGGGUCAGGAACCAGCACACCUAGUCUUAUGGGAGAGGGACGAUUCAGAGCAGGAGAGCAGUUGCCACAGAUUCCAGAGCGUGUGGACAGUUUAAGUGCUCUCAGUGACUCUGCAGUUGGAGUUCCUGUGUCAAGGAGACAUGCAAUGCCACACUCUACCUCUUGCUCUGGAUCUAGAAGUCGAUAUAAGAUGAUGCCUAGCGCCACUGACAUCCUGUCAGGUCAAGGUCGAAAGCAGCGCAGCCUGAGCAGCACAGCAUCUCCAGCACACCCUGGUGGCUUUUUGGGAGAAUGUGCCAUGUACGAAGAGCCGACUGUUUCAGCCACCACUGUCGGCAGGUUCUCAGUGGUCAGCACAGAAGAUGAAGUCACGCGCAGAAAGAACACCAGCAGAUAUUCUGCCCCACCUGACUUUUAUCUGGACGCGCCACCUCCCCUGACCAAACGAGGCUCUCUGCCAAGGACACAGACUUCAGUCUCAGCGGAUGUCACUGUUCACACCCGCUUCAUGUCUUCUGACUCUGGGGCAGAGAGCAGCCCUGCCAAAAUGGCACCUACAACCCCGUCCCGCCAUGGGAGGUCUGAAAGGAGAGGAAGUGACCUCAUGAAAAGGGCGGUGGCUUUUCUAAGGCGCUCUGGCCGCAGCAGUAGUGUGCAAAGCUCUGAUUCGCCAAGCAGAAAGGGAGGGGUGUAUGGAUCCUGUAUCAGCAGUGACAAUGACUCCGAGAUGGAGGACUCUGAUAUAAAGAGGGAGCUUCAGAGACUAAGAGAAAAGCACAUGAAAGAGAUAACCGAAUUGGAGGCCCACCACAGAGAAGAGGUUGAGCUUCUCUAUAUCAGAUUAGGGAAACCACCCCCUCCAGGUCUUUACAUCCCACCCACAGCACCCCCUGCUGGACGCAAGCGCAAGACCAGCAGGCACAAACUAAAAGCUGGCAAACUGCUCAGUCCUUUAGUACAACAGCUGAGAAAUGUUGCCUCUAAAACUAGCGACUCCAGCAAACCUAAUGAUUUAACAAAAUCAGCUGAAGCGACCCUGAGCUUGAAUGGGUCUCCUGCCAGGGCUUCCAACUUGUCAGAUGGCAGGGCUUAUUCUGGGACCGGGACUCUGCCUUGUUCCGUGUCUGAGCCGGUUCAGACCCAACAACCAUGCUCUCUUAAAGGAUCUCUCUCUUCCGACAACAUCUACUCUGGUCUACAGGGAGAAGGACCUGGGCCACGCAUCCAGCCUGGCCAAGGCUGGCCUCCUUCUCCCCAGGCGUCUGCACAGGUCACCUAUAAAUCCAGCAGUAAACCACGCGCUAGAUUCCUCAGUGGGCCUGUUUCUCUGUCCAUCUGGUCAACACUUAAACGCCUGUGUCUGGGUAAAGAACGUGGCAGCAGAUCUGGAGCAGCGUCAGCUGCCUCUAAUCAGUCCCCAAUGCCUCCUGGAUCAACUCCUCCUCCUCACCAGCCAAUUGGUCUCGCUCAAGCACAGACUAACAACAGCAACAACAAGACAGAUGCAUUCACACAGCAGCUUCAGAGAUUUGGAGAUAACUGGGCAGAAGAAGAAGAGAGGGCUCCUUCACGCUCACAAUCCCUCAGUCUAAGACCACAGCAACUGACCCGAUCCAGGAUCUGGAGCUCUACAGAGGCUCCAGUUUCAACAGAAAGAUUGAAUUCUUCCCAACUGCCUCUUUCAUGGCCGCAGAUUGAUUUCCAUGCCUCUGUGAUGGCAACUGACACUUCACAAGUACUUCAGCACAGUUUUUUGGUGCCCGGUAACCCUUACGGAAAGAUGCUGAAUGCCCAACACUUAGACAUGGACCACUGGCCAGCAAUGACUGCCAAUCUUAACCAAGAAGUCUUUGCUUUCCCUGCUUUGCACUCUCCCUCUUGGACAGCACCUUCUUCUCCCAGCGAGGUUCCUAAUUCUAGAAAUAGGACCAUGUAGCUUUAUAUCACUGUACUUAUACUUCUUACUCUGUCGCCAAAAAUACUUUAGAGAUUCUUUAGAGUGCUGGUUAGGCCUUUCAGUGUGCAAUUCUAUCUGUUGCAGUUGCUAGCAUGUAUUCGUUUACAAUGCACAUGUAGUAAUCCCACAUGAACAUGUAAAUAUUCAGGCCAACAAUGUAGGCAUAUGUGAUGAAUAAUUUAUGUAAAUUGAGUAUUAUUGUACAUAUUCAUAUAGCCUAUGUAGCAUAACUGAAUUUUAGCAUAGGCAUAUGUACAGAACGUAUAUUUUUCAUCAAAAUCUGUUUAGCUUGCUUGUGUUUGUGCAGAAUCAACUUCCUUAACACCUUGAGCUGUACACAUAUGUAAAUGCUAUAAGGUAAUACGCCCUUAAAUUUGUGUAGAGGUGUAUAGACACUGUUUAUACUUCUGUAAAUAUAAGCUCUGUCUGCAUAUGUGCAUAAACUUGAUAAGUGAAUGAAGUUGAGGUUUAGGUUAAUCAGUGGCUUGGGUCGAAUAGUACCACAUCACAGGUGGGUGAAAACUGGAGCUUGGAGCGAUGAUCACGAUCAUGAUAUCACUGUGAAUUUUUCUCCACGUCCUGCAGCGAUCACUAAUUUCACAAUGCACUGGUCAAAAACACAUUAUCGUAUGCUAGAAAAGUACUGACCAGGAACUGCACUGAGAAACAAGAGAGAACUUUAACAGACUGUACAUUUCAGGUGAACAAGCCUGCAAGAGUGCCUUGAAUAGCAACUGCAGACUGUGCUGCGUACCAGCCAAUGUACCAAGGGUAAAGGUGACUGCUAUUAAUUUUAUGUUACCAAGCAUAAUACCAACUAAAUUAAUGUUUUCCCCAC